AUGUCAGAACAAUUAGAUGCACAUUCAUAUUAUACAAAUCAGAUUAAACGUAGUUCUUCUCCAUCAAUGGGUCCACAUGGUAUGCCAUUCUCUGUUACCGAUAUUUUACAUCCACUAGAUCCAGAAUUAACAUAUAAACGCUCAUUAGAAAUGGCUACAGCCUUAGCAGGAAUGCCAUCGUACCAUCAUCACCGUCCCACUCCAACAAUAUCGACGAAUUCAUCUUUAAAUAAUAAUCUACACAAUAUCACCAAUAAUAAUACCAUUAAUUUGAAUUCUUGUUCAAUGGCAAAUGGUUCCACAUCGUCAACGCCACUUACUGGCACCACGUCGACACAUUAUUAUAAUCCUCAUUUACAUCAUCCCAGUUCAGCAUUUUCACCUAAUGGUUCAUAUUACAAUGGAAAUUCAUCGGCUGAAUCACUUUAUAAUACUCCAAAUAUUUCGCAUAAUGGGCAAUAUUCACCAACGUGUUGGUAUGGAACAGCAGCAAUGUCACGGUUUCUUGGUACAUCAUCAGAUAGUGCCGUCUCUGCUCUGGCAAAUGCUUAUGAUCCAAUGAAAUCGUAUGCUCAAUUUCCAUUUGCAUCUCAAAAACGUAAACGUCGCAUAUUAUUUAACCAAGGACAAAUUUAUGAAUUAGAACGACGUUUUAAACAGCAAAAGUAUUUGAGUGCACCUGAACGAGAACAUCUUGCUGGUCUACUUCAAUUAACACCAACACAGAUAAAAAUUUGGUUCCAAAAUCAUCGGUAUAAGACGAAAAAACAGCAAAAAGAACGGGACAGAGCCGAUAAACAACAUCAUCAUCAUCAUCACCAUCAUCAACGAUCUCUUCAUUAA